UCUCUCUCUAUCUCUCUAAUGCCACUUCGUCAUCAUCAGCAGCGAGAAAAAGAGUCAAAGGCUCAGGCUCCUCCUCUCUCUCCAUCAUCUCUUCCGCUGUUUCCUACUCCAGGGUUUCGGAGAUUCGCGGACGAAACCCUAGCUUUGGAUUUUGGGGUGCUUUGAACUUUGAAGAGAGGGCGCCUUGGAACCGUAGCUCCGUGGUUCUGGAUCGGGAUGCUGGGAAUUGUUAAGACAAAUGCAGCGACAUUCUGCUGUUAGCUGUGGUAAUGGAGUCAGUAACAAUGCUGUUAAUGGGGCAUCUUCAAGAGACAGCGCCAGGGUUGAGUCAUCUUUUUCAGCACCCAACUUUUCUUUGAAUCUGAGGAGGCAGUCCCAGCUAGCACCUUACAAGAUAAAGUGUGAUAAAGAACCUCUUAAUUGCAGACUUGGGCCCCCUGACUUCUACCCUCAGACCCCAAACUGUCCUGAAGAGACACUAACUAGAGAAUAUCUACAGACUGGAUAUAAGGAGACUAUUGAAGGAAUCGAGGAAGCCCGUGAAAUUGCAUUGUGUCAAGGUUCAAGUUUCUCAAAACCCGAGUACAUUGUGAAGUACAAAGAGGCAUUACGGAAGCGACUGAGGGCUAUCAAUGAAUCUCGUGCUCUAAAGCGUAAGGCUGGACAGGUUUAUGGAGUGCCUCUUUCCGGGCCAUUAGUAACAAAAGCUGGUGCCUUUCCUGAGCAAAGGGCAUCUAAUGAGGACAGCCGCAGGAAGUGGAUUGAGGCUUUAUCACAACAGCAUAAACGAUUGCACUCAUUAGCUGAACAUGUUCCACAUGGUUAUAGGCGGAAAGCUCUUUUCGAAGUUCUUAUUCGUUAUAAUGUUCCAUUAUUGAGGGCGACAUGGUUUAUAAAAGUUACCUAUCUUAACCAGGUUCGACUGGCCUCUUCCAGUGUUUCAUCAGGGACUCCAGAUAAAGCACAGUUUGCUCGAUCUGACCUGUGGUCUAAAGAUGUUGUCGAGUACCUACAGCAACUCUUGGAUGAAAUUUUCCCAAAAGAUGGUUCUAAUGUGCCUACACCUGUUAGAAAUCAGUCAUCACAAAAUACUAUGGCCAUGUCUUAUCGUGCUCCACAGAAAAAUGAAUCAUUCUCUUCUCCUGAUGCCGAGGAGCCUUCACUGCACUUCAAGUGGUGGUAUAUGCUCCGCCUUGUACAGUGGCAUCUUGCAGAAGGCUUGCUUCUUCCCUCUCCUAUUAUUGAGUUAGUCUACAAUCAAAUUCAGGAGAAGGAAUCACCAGAGGUCUUAGAGUUGCUAUUUCCUGUUCUGUUUGAUGUGAUUGAGAGCAUUGCACUCUCACAGACAUACAUACGUAUGUUUGUGGAACUCUUUGUUCGAAGAAUACAUGAUCUAUCUUCCAGUUGUUCAAGUUCAGUGGACACUUCACAAAAGUCAUUCCUUGUGGAUGCUAUGGUUGAGAUCGUGCGAUACUUGGUAAUUGUUGUACCUGAUACAUUUGUUGCCUUGGAUUGCUUCCCUCUGCCAUCCUGUGUUGUUCCUGAUCUACGCUGCAGAAAUGCAUUCCUGAAGUUACAUGACUCUGCCGAUAAUGUGCAGUUUGAUACAGAAGAUGCUUAUCUUCGUUACUUGUCGUGUGGGUAUGUCACUUCCUCUAUUCAGGAACGUGCUUCUAAUCUGUCAAAAAAUGUGAACCCUAUCCUUCAAGCUCAUGGUGCUGCUGAGGUUCUACAAGCCUUGGAUAAAGCCCUAAUGACAGGAGAUGUAAUACUUGCUUAUAAUUCUCUUUUUGAAUACUUGUCUGAUGUGGCUAUCGAAGAAAGGUGGCUAGAAGAAGUCAGUCCUUGUUUGAGAUCUUCGUUGAAGUGGAUUGGGACCAUUGGUUCAUCUGUUAUUUGCUCUAUAUUUUUUCUCUGCGAGUGGGCCACAUGUAAUUAUCGGGAUUUCCGUACUUCCAUGCCUCAUAACCUGAAAUUGACUGGAAGGAAUGAUUUUUCACAAAUAUAUUUUGCAGUAUUGCUUCUAAAGCUUAAGAUGGAAGAUUUAUAUAACUUUGCACAGUCUAGGGAUGGAAAUGUUAUGGCGCUUGGUACAAACGGAAAAACUACCUCUGAUAAUGAUAGUUUGUUGGAUGGAACAGCGGUGGAAAAUGCAUUUGUUCUUAGAAAUAAUUUAAGUAGUAUAUAUUAUAGGAAGAGCAGAAGAGACAUCUUUCGGAGUCCUGGUCUGCUGCAUGAUGUUAUUGUGUGUUGGCUAGACCAGCAUGAGAUAGGGAAAGCGGGAAGUUUCAGGGGUGUUGAAAUUUUCCUUUUGGAACUAAUUAGUAACGGCAUAUUUUAUCCACCGGCUUAUGUAAGACAGCUUAUUGUUAGUGGAAUUAUGGAUAAGAAUGAAAACUCGUUAGAUCUACAAAGGCAAAGAAGACACCGAAGAAUUCUGCAGCAGCUGCCUGGAUCCUGUUUGUUUGAUCUUUUAGAAGAAGCAAGAAUUGCAGAAGUCCCCUUGUUACAUGAAAUUGUUCAUGCUUACUCAAGUGAGCGUCAACUAUUGCUUCGUGGAUUCUUGAGCAGUAAAUCCAAUCAUUUAAAUUCUAGAGGUGAUAUUUGUUCAAUCUUUUCUUUGCAAAAAGAUACAGAUCACUCAUCUUCUUUAGGAGAUGACAAUCAUGGGAAGGUGAAGGGCCAAGUAACAGAAAUGAAGGCUUUACUUUCAUGUUUUCUGCAUUUUCCUCACCCGUUUUCCAUGCCAAUAGAAACUUCUGCAGAUGAAUCCCAAGGCAUUUUAAAAAGCACAUUAGACUCUUUAGAGAGCAAAGUUGAUUUGACAGAAGGGACAUCUGGCUGCGAGGAAUUUAGAAAAAGAAAGAGGAAAAAGCUAAUUGAUGAUAGGAGCUCUGCCCUACAAGGGUUUUCUUUUAAUCAUUCAGAUGAUGAAGACAAUUGGUGGGCAAAGAAGGGACCUAAGUUCCAGGAGUCCUUGAAGGUUGAACUACCAUCUAAGUUAACUAAACAAACCUCAAGGGGUAGGCAAAAGAUUGUGCGUAAAACACAAUCUCUAGCACAGCUAGCAGCUACAAGGAUUGACAGUAGCCUGGGGGCAUCUACUAGCCAUGUAUGUGACAACAAAGUGAGCUGUCCCCACCACAGAUCUGUCACUGAAGGUGAGGUUCCAAAAGAUGUCAACCAUAUGAUAUCAGGACGCCGAAGUGAUAUUGGUAAGGCCUUGAAGCAGCUAAGAUUGCUCGAGAGGAGAUCAAUCUCAAUUUGGUUGCUCAAAUCCAUUAGGCAACUUGUUGGAGGAAAUGAAAGAACGCCUUCCAAAGCAAGCAAUUUUACUGAUGUUUAUUCUGCUCCUGUGCCCGAUGAUAGAAACACUGUAAGAUGGAGGAUAGGUGAAGAUGAACUCUUAUCCAUUCUUUAUAUUUUGGAUAUUUCUGGUGACUUACUGUCUGCAGUAAAGUUCCUGAUAUGGUUGUUACCGAAAGUACUUUGUGGCUCAAGGACUCUUGUGCAGGGUGUAAGGAAUUCCAUGUUGCCUAAAAACAGAGACCAAGUAUGCCAGGUGGGCGAAGCAUUUCUCUUGUCUUCCCUUCAAAGGUAUGAGAAUGUGCUUCGAGCUGCAGAUGUCUUACCUGAAGUCUUGACUGCUUUAGUUCAUCGAAGUUUGACGAUGAUGACAUCAAAUGGAAGACCUUCUGGUGCUGUUACUUUUGCUUAUGCACGGUAUUUAUUGAAGAAAUAUAAAAAUGUGACAAAUGUGUUGAGGUGGGAAAAAAAGUUUCGAGCUACAUGUGAUCAAAGGCUUCUCGCAGAACUGGAAACUGGACGGUCUGUGGAUGAUGAAUUUAUGUAUUUUUCGGGUGUCCCAGCAGGUAUCACAGAAACUGAUGAACAUAUUCGUCAGAAAAUUAAUGCUAGGAUGUCUAGAACUGGUACAAACAUGAAAGAGUUAGUGCAGCGACAUGUUGAGGGUGCUGUCCACUACUUUUAUGGAAAGGAAAGAAAAUUGUCUGCGGUUGCUACUCCCAGAAACCACUCCCUUGAAAAAUGGGAUGAUAGUUACCAAAUAGCUCAUGAUAUCGUUUUGGGCCUUGUGGAUUGUAUCAGACAAAAUGGUGGUGCAACUCCAGAUGGAGAUCCCUGUGUAGUGGCUUCUGCUGUGUCUGCCAUUGUUGGUAGCAUAGGACUAGCUAUUGCAAAACUGCCAGAUUCCACAGCAAGCAGUAAUUACCAAAGCUUUUCAUCCUCAUUAAAUUCACUAAAUUGUUUUAGGCACAUCUUACAGAUUCAUAUAUUUUCCCUCUGCCUGCUAAAAGAAGCCCUUGGCAACCGUCUGAGCCGUGUAUUUGAGAUAGCAUUAGCUGCUGAAGCUUCUUCAGUUAUUUCAACAGCUUUUGCUCCUGGAAAGGCCCACCGAAAUCAAUUUCAAUUGUCUUCUGAAAUACAUGAUAUAUAUCAAGAUCAUUCAAAUGAACUUCUGAACAGUUCUACAAAACUCAUUGUCGGAAGAACUGCGAAAGCUGCAGCAGCUGUAUCUGCACUAGUUAUUGGUGCUAUUGUUCAUGGAGUUAGUAGCCUAGAUAGGAUGAUAACAGCCUUUAGAUUAAAAGAAGGCUUGGAUGUUCUGCAGUUUAUACGAAGCGCAAGAUCCAGUUCAAAUGGCAUCUCCUGUUCUAUUGGCACGAUGAAGUUGGACCACUGCAUUGAUGUAUAUGUACAUUGGUUUCGGCUUCUGGUUGGAAACUGCAGAACUGUUUUUGAUGGGCUUGUCGCAGAGAUGCUUGGUGAAUCAUAUAUUGUAGCUCUUUCAAGAUUGCAGCGAGUACUUUCACUCAGUGUAGUUUUCUCUCCUGCAUAUUCCAUUUUUGCAAUGGUAAUAUGGAGGCCAUAUAUCUUCAAUAGCAAUAUUGCGAACCAUGAAGAUUUCCAACUAUACCGAAGUUUUUUAGUGGCCAUUGGUGAUGCAAUCAGGCACAAGCCAUUUCGAGAUCUAUUUUUUCGAAACACUCAUGGAUUUUAUGAUAUACUGGCUACUGAUUCUGGCGAUUCUGAGUUUGCUGCAAUGCUUGAAUCGCAUAAUCCAGAUAAACAUUUGAAAACAAUGGCAUUUGUUCCACUUCGUGCGCGGCUGUUUCUGAAUACGCUAAUCGAUUGCAAAAUGCCAGCAUUUUCAGUUAUGCGUGAAGAUGGGACAUGGGUUGCUGGGCCUGCUGAACCUAGAUCAUAUUCUGAAGUUGAGGGAAAGCUAUUGGAUCAGCUCGUGCACGUUUUAGAUACUCUGCAACCUGCUAAGUUUCACUGGCAGUGGGUAGAGUUGAGGCUACUUCUGAAUGAGCAAGCUCUUAUAGAGAAAUUUGAAACUCACAACAUGUCCUUUGCUGAGGCAAUUCGAUCCUUAUCUCCUAGUGCUGACAAUUUUGUACUUUCUGAAAGUGAAAAGAAAUUUACUGAAAUUAUUCUGUCACGGAUAAUUGUCAGGCCUGAAGCUGCUCCUCUUUAUUCGGAGGUUGUCCACCUGCUUGGAAAAUUACUUCAAGAGUCACUGGUAAUGGAUACAAAGUGGAUUUUAGCUGGUCCAGAUGUUCUUCUGGGACGCAAAUCGAUAAGGCAACAACUUAUAUUUGUUGCUCAGAGGAAAGGCUUCCCAAUUAAAGCACGUUUUUGGAAACCAUGGGGCUGGUCAAGUUCUUUAUCUGAUGCAACAACUAAUAGAGGGGAUAAGAGAAAGUUUGAAGCCAUUUCUGUUGAAGAAGGGGAGGUUGUUGAGGAGAGCAUUGAUGUUAAGAUGUUUUCCAAAGUGAUCCAUAAUAUGGAUGCCGAAGGUUUCAGUCCAAGUCAGCAGCAUAAAACUGAGAAAGCUCUUGCAGAACUAAUAUUGCCAUGCAUAGACCGCAGUUCGAGUGAGUUACGCAAUUUAUUUGCCAAUGAGUUAAUCAAACAGAUGGGAGCUAUUGAUCAACAAAUUAAUACAGUAACACCCAAUGGUUUUAAAUCUAGCCUGAAUUCUGAGGCUUCUUCAAACAAAGGAAACAGUCGUAAAGGUAUCCGAGGUGGAAGCCCUGUCCUUGGUAGGCGACCAAUUGAUUCUGUCCCACCAUCUGCUGCUGCUCUGAAGAUUUCAUUGUCCCUACGUCUGCAAUUCCUACUGAGAUUGCUUCCUAUUAUUUACGAGGAUAGGAACAUGAGGCAGAUGCUUGCUCCUAUCAUACUUCGUUUGCUUGGAAAACGUCUGGUAUAUGAGGAUGCAGAUGUAUGCCCUUCAACCAUACAUAUGGAUCCUUUGAAAAGGGAGUUGGAUUCUCCCAUUGAAGCUUCCUUGUUGGAUCAUUCCAGUGAUAGUCUGUUUGAUAGGUUGUUAGCCAUUCUGCAUGGUUUGCUGAGCAGCUACAAGGCAAGUUGGCUAAAAUCCAAGUCUGUCACCAAAUCAGCCAUCAAAGCUCGUGAUAUUUCUGCAUUUGAUCGUGAGGCAGCAGAGAAUUUGCAGAAUGACUUGGAUCGCAUGGAGUUGCCUGCAUCAAUCCGUUGGCGUAUCCAAACCGCCAUGCCAUUUCUCUCUCCAUCACUUUCGUUUAUGGCUCCUUGCCACCUUCCAGUGUUACCCUCAGUGGCGCACACAUUGCUUCAGCCCAGCAAUCUCAAUCCAGGCACUCAUCAAAGAAGUAUCCCUGCCUGGACUUAUAAUUUUCCUGGCAAGAGCAAGAGUUCAGCUUUGCAGGACAUGGACAUGGAAAUUGACCCAUGGACGCUGCUGGAAGAUGGCACGAAUUCUGCUUCUGCCUCAAACAAUAGCAGCAAUAUGGGUAGUACCAAUGGGGACCAUUCCAAUCUCAAGGCCUGUUGCUGGCUCAAGGGUACUGUAAGGGUGAGGAGAACAGACCUUACUUACAUCGGCCCCCUUGACGAGGAUAGCUGAAGUUGUACAAUUAUUUGACAAUCGAACAUUGGCGGCAUGUCAGUGGCUUUCACAUCGAUCAAUCCAUCGAGCUCUGUUGUCGCUUGCUUGUUCGCACGCAUGGGCACAGAAUAAACUUGAGGGUGUUUUGUAUUAGGAAAUUGCCAGUCGGUCAUGCCAUAUGACUGGCCAGAAUAUAGACUAACACAACACCAUCACCCUCAGUUUCACUGCCAUGCUGUUCACGUGUUGUUGUAUAUACAUAUGACAAUUAUUUUUCCCUCAGAGGAGCGAGUAAAAUAUCCAAUUAACAGACUGUGGCUCU